AUGGAGGCCUUCACUUUUGCGCUCUCCACGCAGGUGGAUCUACCCAUCUGCAUUAAGAUCGGAUCUCUAGAAGGCAAGCAGAAGCAGAUUCCAUUCACGCGUCUUCUCAAGAACCCCGAAUUACGAUAUCUUGGAUCCACCCAAAACCAGUCCUCCGAUCUUUUUGUCACUGUCCAAUUAUGGUCGAAUUCGAAGUCUCUCGGUGUACCCUUACAGACUGCCUAUAAAGCAUUCAAGACUAGUAGAGUAUGGAAUGAAUGGCUGCAAAUGCCCAUGUCCAUCAAGGAUGUCCCACUUAACUCCCAGCUGGCGAUAACCGUUUGGGAUUUGUCCCCAUUGGCGGGCGAUGGUCCUCAGGGCCACGAUGUUCCCUUUGGUGGAACAACUAUAUCCUUGUUCGAUGACGAUGGAAAGCUAAGGAUGGGGCGACAUAAAUGCAAGAUCUAUCGACAUAGAACUGCGGAUGGCUUCUCCAGAACAUCUACGCCAUCAAUCCCGCCCCCUAAAAGACGGAAGUCCAAUAUUCGUGAUGUUCUGGCACCUUCAAUGGAAGAGACGGAAUUAGAGCGGAUUGAGGUGUUGAUAAAGAAACAUGAGAUGGGUGAAAUCACCCGAAUUGACUGGAUGGACCAGAUGGUCUUUCGUCAGCUUGAAAAACUUAAGAUGCAAGCGGAGGAGGCUGCAAGGAAACGAGCCAUUCAUCUGAAGAGCUUGAAACCAAGGGCCCAUGAUUCUAAUGAUGAUAGUUCUGACGAGGAAGAAUUGAGUGAGGAGAACUUUGUUCUUUAUGUCGAUUUCCCGCGUUAUGACCAUUCGAUAGUCUGGGCUGAUCACCAAUACCCCCCACCGCCCAUCUCUCAUCAUUCCUCCUCAAAUGCGCCUGCUCAUUCUAACUCCACAUUGAAACCUGUCCCAGAGGUUCGGUUUGGCCCCGGGAUCGAGGGAGGAGGUGGGGCGGGCGUAGUCCGAAUUUAUGACCCGGAAGUGGGCCAGGCAGGAAAUUUAUGCGAAGACAAACAUCGGCGAUUGAUCCGUAGCCACCGGACUGGGUUUAUGGAUCGGGAUCUCAAACCGAACCCCAAGAACCGCGAUGAAUUGAACAUCAUCCUGUCGUACGAACCUACACAAGACCUGACGGCCGAGGAAAAGGACUUUAUCUGGAAAUUCAGAUACUACCUUACUCGGGAGAAACGAGCCUUGACAAAGUUUGUUAAAUCGGUCAAUUGGCGCGAUGAAGGAGAGUCUCGACAGGCAGUGGAAAUAUUGCCAAAUUGGACUGAGAUUGACGUGGAUGAUGCGUUAGAGCUUCUCGGCCCCACCUUCGAUAAUACUGCGGUGCGUUCAUAUGCCGUGGCAAGACUGCGCAAGGCAGAUGACGAUGAGCUUCUUCUAUAUCUUUUGCAAUUGGUUCAGGCCUUGAAAUACGAAGAGCAUUCCGACAAAAAUGAAGACGAUGCUGCUCAUGACUCCUCCCUGGCCAAUUUCCUCAUCACGCGUGCGGCGAAGAACUUUAAACUUGGAAAUUACCUACACUGGUAUCUUAUGGUUGAAUGUGAUGAUGCCGGUCCCAAUCAGCGACGGCUCUUUGCAAGAGUGGAGUACUACUUUAUGGCCGAACUUGAAAAGGUUCGAUCAGAACAUCGGAAAACACUUCUUCGGCAAGGUGAAAUGGUUGCUGUGCUAUCAAAAAUUGCUAAAGACAUUCGCUUCUCGAGAGAGAAUCGCCCUGCUAAGAUUGAGAAGCUAAAGAAGUUGCUACGUGAUCCGAAAAAUGACCUUAUACAAAUCGAUCCUCCGUUGCCUUUACCUCUAGAUCCUGACAUUUCUGUGGUUGGGUGCUACCCUGAGGAAUCUAAUGUCUUUAAGUCGACACUAUCUCCAUUACUUAUCACCUUCGAGACAACCGAUGGUCGACCGUACCCGCUGCUGUUCAAGGUGGGCGACGAUCUUCGCCAGGAUCAACUGGUCAUCCAGAUCAUCAUCCUGAUGGAUCGCCUUCUACAGAAAGAAAAUUUGGAUCUGAAGCUUACCCCGUAUCGAAUUCUUGCCACCAGUUCCACUGCAGGUGCAGUGCAGUUCAUUCCAUCGACGUCUCUCUCGGCGGCUUCUGCCAAGUACAAGUCCAUCCUCGCCUACCUCAAGGAGCACAAUCCCGAUGAGAACGAGCCCCUCGGCGUUCGCAAAGAGACCAUGGACACGUACAUAAAGUCCUGUGCAGGCUAUUGCGUAAUAACCUACCUUCUCGGAGUCGGCGACCGACACUUGGAGAACCUGCUCCUGGCACCAGAUGGCCAUUUCUUCCACGCCGACUUUGGAUUCAUUCUUGGACGGGAUCCGAAACCCUUUGCCCCUAUGAUGAAGCUUUGCAAAGAAAUGGUUGAGGGAAUGGGCGGCACAACCUCACCCCACUAUCUUCAAUUUAAACAAUACUGUUUUACUGCAUACACAACCUUGCGCAAAUCUGCCAACUUGAUCUUGAACUUGUUCAGUCUUAUGGUCGAUGCCAACAUCCCAGAUAUCCGGGUUGAGCCUGAUAAGGCCGUGUUGAAAGUCAAGGAACGCUUCCACCUCGAGAUGACAGAGGAGGAGGCCAUUCGACACUUUGAACAGCUCAUUGGGGACAGCGUGAAUGCGAUCUUUGGUGUGGUAAUAGAUCGUCUGCAUGAAUUUGUACAAGGAUGGAGAGCAUGA